CCCGCGGCCCCGCCGCCGCCGGACAUGGCCGCCAACAUGUACAGGGUCGGAGACUAUGUCUACUUCGAGAACUCCUCCAGCAACCCGUACCUGAUCCGGAGAAUUGAGGAGCUCAACAAGACGGCCAACGGGAACGUGGAGGCCAAGGUGGUGUGCUUCUACCGCAGGCGGGACAUCUCCAGCACCCUCAUCGCCCUGGCCGACAAGCACGCCACCCUGUCUGUCUGCUACAAAUCUGGAUCUGGGGCCGACAAUGGCGAGGAAGGGGAGAUGGAGGAGGAGAUGGAGAACCCCGAAAUGGCCGACCUUCCCGACAAGCUGAAGCACCAGCUGCGGCACCGGGAGCUGUUCCUCUCCCGGCAGCUGGAGUCGCUGCCCGCCACCCACAUCAGAGGCAAGUGCAGCGUCACUCUGCUCAACGAGACCGAGUCGCUCAAGUCCUACCUGGAGCGGGAGGACUUUUUCUUCUACUCCCUCGUCUACGACCCACAGCAGAAGACGCUGCUGGCCGACAAAGGGGAGAUUCGCGUGGGCAACCGGUACCAGGCGGACAUCACGGACCUGCUGAAGGAAGGCGAGGAGGAUGGUCGCGACCAGUCCAAGCUGGAGACCAAGGUGUGGGAGGCGCACAACCCCCUCAUAGACAAGCAGAUCGACCAGUUCCUGGUGGUGGCCCGCUCUGUGGGCACCUUCGCGCGGGCCCUGGACUGCAGCAGCUCUGUCCGGCAGCCCAGCCUGCACAUGAGCGCGGCGGCCGCCUCACGGGACAUCACCCUGUUCCACGCCAUGGACACAUUGCACAAGAGUGUGUAUGACGUUGCCAAGGCCAUCUCGGCCCUGGUGCCGCAGGGCGGGCCGGUGCUGUGCCGCGACGAGAUGGAGGAGUGGUCCGCCUCGGAGGCCGGCCUCUUCGAGGAGGCGCUGGAGAAGUACGGCAAGGACUUCACGGACAUCCAGCAGGACUUCCUGCCCUGGAAGUCGCUCACCAGCAUUAUUGAGUAUUACUACAUGUGGAAGACCACCGACAGAUACGUGCAGCAGAAACGCCUGAAAGCAGCCGAAGCCGAGAGCAAGUUAAAGCAAGUUUAUAUCCCCAACUAUAACAAGCCAAAUCCGAACCAGAUCAGCGUCAACAAUGUCAAGGCGGGCGUGGUGAAUGGCGCAGGGGCACCAGGCCAGAGCCCCGGGGCCGGCCGGGCUUGCGAGAGCUGCUACACCACCCAGUCUUACCAGUGGUAUUCUUGGGGUCCCCCUAACAUGCAGUGUCGUCUCUGCGCAUCUUGUUGGACAUAUUGGAAGAAAUAUGGUGGCUUGAAAAUGCCAACCCGGUUAGAUGGGGAGAGGCCAGGACCAAACCGCAGUAACAUGAGCCCCCACGGCAUCCCAGCCCGGAGCAGCGGGAGCCCCAAGUUCGCCAUGAAGACGAGACAGGCCUUCUAUCUGCACACUACCAAGCUCACACGGAUCGCCCGGCGCCUGUGCCGCGAGAUCCUGCGCCCGUGGCACGCCGCCCGGCACCCCUACCUGCCCAUCAACAGCGCAGCCAUCAAGGCCGAGUGUGCGGCUCGGCUGCCCGAAGCCUCCCAGAGCCCACUGGUGCUGAAGCGGGCCGUGCGGAAGCCCUUGGAGGCCGUGCUCCGGUAUCUCGAGACCCACCCCCGACCCCCCAAACCUGACCCAGUGAAGAGCGUGUCUGGCGUGCUCAGUGGCCUGACCCCCGCCAAGUCAGCCCCCGUCAUCAACAACGGCUCGCCCACCAUCCUGGGCAAGAGGAGCUACGAGCAGCACAACGGUGUGGACGGCAACAUGAAGAAGCGCCUCUUGAUGCCCAGUAGGGGCACUUACCUGGGCCUGGCGAACCACGGACAGACCAGGCACAUGGGACCAAGCCGGAACCUCCUGCUGAAUGGGAAGUCGUACCCCACCAAAGUGCGCCUCAUCCGGGGGGGCUCCCUGCCCCCUGUCAAGCGGCGGAGGAUGAACUGGAUCGACGCCCCUGACGACGUGUUUUACAUGGCCACCGAGGAGACCAGGAAAAUCCGCAAGCUGCUUUCGUCCUCGGAGACCAAGCGCGCUGCCCGCAGGCCCUACAAGCCCAUCGCCCUGCGCCAGAGCCAGGCGCUGCCGCUGCGGCCACCCCCGCCCGCGCCCGUCAACGACGAGCCCAUCGUCAUCGAGGACUAGGCCCACUGCCCAGGCCGCUCCGGCCCAGACCAGCCUGCCCGCCCCCGCCUGCCCGCCCGGUUUGGUAGCGCCCUCCACCCUCACCCGCAGAGAAGCCGCCCCUGGGGCCGGGGAGAGCGCGCCCAGGGGCUGCUUUAGCUUUGUGUUCCUUUCCUGGCCAGAGCGGAGUGAGGGGCCGGCCGCCCGUGUCCGCACCGCGGCGGGCUCGGGCCGGCCGGAAGUUCUGUUGUGUUCUGUUGAAGGUGCCAUUUUAAAUUUUAUUUUUAUUACUUUUUUUGUAGAUGAACUUAAGCUCUGUAACUCACCCCUGGAAUGUCAGGGUCGGCGCAGCCAGCGGCCGGCCGAGCGGCCUGGUGGGG